AUGAAGUUCCAGCUGUUCACCGGCGUUGCCCUCCAAGCACUCACGGCUUCAGCCUUUUGGCGCCUGGAGUGCCGUGGACGAUUGGCACUGGCGCGUAUGGAUCCGAUGAUGUCCCCUGAUGAGGACGCAGCUCAUGCACACGCCAUUCACGGAUCCUCUGAUGCUAAUCCCAUUUUCAAUUCAGGAUUUUCGGAGUCUGCCUCCUACGAUGACCUCAUGAACGGUGACUGCACCUCCUGCGCUAUUACACAGGACAAGUCAGCCUACUGGACUCCCGCUAUGUACUUCAAGCACGCAGAUGGCACGUACGAGAUUGUUCCCCAGGUCGGCGGUAUGCUUGCCUACUACCUCCCACGUGGUCCCGGUGGCGUCGCCGAUGUUAAGGCGUUCCCCAAAGACUUUCGCAUGAUCGCCGGUUCCAACUACCGUCGCAACUUCACCAUUGGAGACCAGACUGCUGAUGAACCUGAUCCUCCUCAAUCGGAGUGGGCAGCUCUCAACCAGACAAACCAGUACGAUCUCGCCCAGCGCUCCAUUGGCUUCAACUGCCUCGACUACAACAAGGCGCCCGAGGGAGCGCUGUACCGUCACUACAUGCCUGACAAAGCUUACAUGGAUGCCAACUGUCUUAAUGGGACGAGGCUCGAGAUAGCUUUCCCGGCUUGCUGGAAUGGCAAAGAUGUCGACUCGGAUGAUCACCAGUCCCAUGUAGCCUAUCCCGACCUGGUCCAAGAUGGCGAGUGCCCCGAAGGCUUCGACGUCCGCCUCCCUACCCUGUUCUUCGAGACCAUCUGGGAUACCUAUAAUUUCUAUGGGAAGGAUGGCAUUUUCACCAUUGCAAAUGGCGAUCCUACUGGCUUUGGCUACCACGGAGAUUUUAUCAACGGUUGGGACCCUGAUUUCUUGCAGGAGGCUGUGACGACGUGCACCAACCUGUCUGGACUCAUGUCUGAUUGCCCACUCUUCGAUCUGCAGACCGAAGCCGAACAACAACAGUGCACGAUUAACCCUCCCUCCAGCUUGGCUGUGGAGAAUGUAUUGGGCGACGGGGUUGACGGAGUUAUGACCGAACUCCCAGGCAAUGUUCAGAUUCAGUAUGGCCCUGAACAAGCCACUCCCGGUACCAACGCUGCCGCCAGCACGAAAACUUCGACCAGCAGCUACGUUGCUCCCACUCUCAGCUACCAGUCAGGUACAUCCACAUGGGGUGGGAUCUUCGCCGAGGAGACUACAAGCUCGUACUCAGACAUUGGAUUUGUAUCAGUGUUUGCAGCUGGUGCUCCCUCGUCUGCAACACCUUCGCCUGUCACCACAACGGCCCCGGCCAGCACGCCUGACGCUGGUGUGUCAUAUGAGCCCGUCACCACAGAGUAUAAGACGAACAGUGCCGGAGGAGUCCUGGAGGUGAUCUGGGAAGAAGCCGUUGUGUAUGUUACCGAGGACUUGGUGACCACAACGACUGUGACGGCGACACCAUCGGGGGCACCCUACAUGGAGCGACGCAGUAACUGGCUGCGACACCGUCACCACGGCCACGGUCGUUAG